CCGGAGGAGCCCCUCUUCGUGCGCAGCGAUGUUGGCCAGCGGGGUUGCGCGGGGGGAGCCUGGAGACAAAGGGGCUCAGAACUUUGGGUUUGUGUCCCACUUCGGAGGAUCAGCCUAUUGCACAGGUGAUGUUCUGUUGUGGCUCCAUUUUCAUCCCGACACGCAAGUUCCCUGAGGGGAGGAAAGCUAUUCAUCUGUAGAUCUUAUGGUCUGAUACAUCUGGGGAGUCAAGGCUGAGGGAGAACCAUCUGAAGUAUCACUGGAAAAGGCUGAGGAGCAGAUGCAGGAGCAGAAACUGAGGAGUCAAGAUGGAGCAAAGAGACAAGAGGAGAGACAGACGCACACAGGGGACAAACCUUAUGAAUGCUUGGAGUGUGGAAAGAGCUUCAGUCGGAGUUACAGCCUUACUUCGCAUCAAAGAACUCACACGGGAGACAAACCUUAUGAAUGCUGGGAGUGUGGAAAGAGCUUCAGUCAGAGUAGCUCCCUUACUUCGCAUCAAAGAACUCACACGGGAGACAAACCUUAUAAAUGCUUGGAGUGUGGAAAGAGCUUCAGUGACAAGAGCACCCUUAGUAAACAUAAAAGAACUCACACAGGGGACAAACCUUAUGAAUGCUGGGAGUGUGGAAAGAGCUUCAGUCAGAGUAGCUCCCUUACUUUGCAUCAAAGAACUCACACAGGAGACAAACCUUAUGAAUGCUGGGAGUGUGGAAAGAGCUUCAGUCAGAGUAGCUCCCUUACUUUGCAUCAAAUAACUCACACAGGGGACAAACCUUAUGAAUGCUGGGAGUGUGGAAAGAGCUUCAGUCAGAGUAGCUCCCUUACUUCGCAUCAAAGAACUCACACAGGGGAAAAACCUCAUAAAUGCUUGGAGUGUGGAAAGAGCUUCAGUGUCAAGAGCACCCUUAGUAAACAUAAAAGAACUCACACAGGGGACAAACCUUAUGAAUGCUUUGAGUGUGGAAAGAGCUUCAGUCAGAGUAGUGCCUUUAGUAGUCAUAAAAGAACUCACACAGGGGACAAACCUCAUAAAUGCUUGGAGUGUGGAAAGAGAUUCAGUGACAGUAGUGCCUUUAGUAAACAUAAAAGAACUCACACAGGGGACAAACCUCAUAAAUGCUUCGAGUGUGGAAAGAGCUUCAGUCGGAGUGGCCACCUUACUUCGCAUCACAGAAUUCAUACAGGGGACAAACCUUAUAAAUGCUUUGAGUGUGGAAAGAGCUUCAGUCAGAGUAGCCACCUUAGUUCGCAUCAAAGAAGUCACACAGGGGACAAACCUUAUAAAUGCUUCGAGUGUGGAAAGAGCUUCAGUCAGGGUAACACCCUUACUUUGCAUCAAAGAAUUCAUACAGGGGACAAACCUUAUAAAUGCUUUGAGUGUGGAAAGACCUUCAGUCAGGGUGGCCACCUUACUUUGCAUCAAAGAAGUCACACAGGGGACAAACCUUAUAAAUGCCUGGAGUGUGGAAAGACCUUCAGUCGGGGUGACCAACUUACUUCACAUCACAGAUCUCACACAGAGGACAAACCUUAUAAAUGUUUGGAGUGUGGGAAGACCUUCAGGUGGAGUAGCUCCUUUACACAACAUCAAAGAACUCACAAGGGACAAAUGUUAUCGAUGCUUGGAGUGUGGAAAGAGAUUCAGUCAGAGUAGCCACCUUAGUUC